AUGACAAUACCCCCCCACUUAAGGGGGCAACACAGGGCAACUCAGGUAGACGGCUCGGAGGCCUUAUGGACAGGCUGGGCAGUUCAGUGGGGCGACCCGGAGGUCGGGCAAACGGACGGAGCCGUUCUGGAGGCCGGCGGGGGAGACAGGGUAUCUCCGGAGGUCGAGCCGGAGGAUGGCGUCGCCCCUCUGGAGGGCGAGCAGGAGGACAGUGGCGAAGACGGGGUCUCUGCGGAGGUCGAGCCAGAGGAUGGCGUCGCCCCUCUGGAGGGUGACCAGGAGCCGACUUGGUACCAGGGGCAGGAGUCAGCUGGACCGCCGUCAGGACACGAGGAACAGGGAUCGGCCGGACCACUGGAGGCGGCACAGAGUCAGGGGCCACCGGAGGCGGCACAGAGGCAGAGGCCACCGGAGGCGGCGCCCCGGCAGGAGUCAACGACACCAAGAGCCAUGUGGGCUGAAUCAGGGCAAGAAUCAAUGGCGGUGGCGCCCUGGCAGAAACCACGAGCGGAGGUGACGUCACGGCUGGAGCCAGGAGAAGCGGUGACAUCACAUCAGGAACCAGGAGAGGUGGUGACGUCACACCAGGAACCGUCGAUGCCGCUGGACAACACGAAACAGCGGCCGUUGACACCACAGGAAAGACGGGAACAGUUAUCGACGCCGCCGGGGAACACGGAGCAGUGGCCGCCGACACCACAGGAGGGACAGGAACCGGCCGGACCGCCGACAGGAAACGGGGAGCAGGGAUUGGCCAGACCACUGACCAGGAACCAGAGUCAGGAGUCAGCUGGACCGCCGACAGGACACGAGGAGCAGGGGAGACUUUGUCCAGCCCACCUAAUUCAGGAGCUAGGGAGGAAUCGACCAGGACCCCCGACGCUGAGACAGCUGAUGCGCCGGCCGGGAUGGUCGACCCGGGAAGUGGGGCAGGAGCCGACGAAACACCAACUGGAACCCCCGACGCUGGAACAGCUGAUGCGUCAGCCAGGGUAG